CAGCGGCUGGGAACGGAGCUUCGCCUUCCCGCCAUUUCCGCACCGCCUGAGGCGCGAGCGCGUGGACCAGUGACCGUUAUUUUUGGCGGGCUUCGCCUGAGGGCUUCGCCUGAGGGCUGACCCUCAGCCCCGUCCCUCGCGGCUGCGCCGUCAGGGCUGACCCUCAGCCUCGUCUCAGCGCUGACCUUCAGGACUGACCCUCAGCCCCGUCCCUCACGGCUGAACUGUCAGGGCUGACCCUCAGCCCCGAACCGUCAGGGCUGAACCGUCAGGACCGGCCCCCAGCCCCGUCCCUCAGGGCUCAACCCUCGGGGUGACCCUCAACCCCGUCCCUGAGGUCUCUCCCUCAGUUGGCAAAUUUGGAAAAAUCAUUCCAUUGCUGCCUGUUAAGAUUCAGCAAAGAAAUGAAAAGGAGUUUAGCUGAUACUCCAGCUCGGAGCACAGCAGGUUGUCUGCCUGUACCAUUGUUCAAUCAGAAAAAAAGAACUAGACAGCCCCUCACUUCAAAUCCACUUAAAAACGAACCAGACACUGGUUCUGGGACUCAUAGUUAUGACUUCUCUCCCUCAUCAUUCGGCUGGGGAGCUGCAAACCCAGAAGCGGAUGAACUGCAGAAGGCAGCAAACAGUGGCCAAGCAGAACAUCCGAUGGCUCCUUCCCUUAUGAAACCACCAAAUGCAUCAAAGUUUAAUUUAGCAAAUGCUGGAAAAAACGUGUCUGCCUGCAGGAACAGAAAUGAAUAUACUCCUUUAGGUAAAACAGCAAAUUCAAGAUCUAAUAAUGGAACUUCUCAGAAGUUUGAGAACUUUCCAAGCAGUUUGAAAACUGUCCAGCAGCAAAAGCACCCUGACAGUCGUAACCCAUCCCAGCUCAUCAAAACAGACACACCCAAAGGAAAGUGGCCAGUGAAACCCAACACUGUGGCAAGAAAUCUGCAGGAUCAGAGUCCAGCAUAUAAAUUUAACUACAAAACUCAGCAAAAUAAAAUGAAUGAAAACCAAUUUGGUGGUGUCCCAGAAGAUAAAAGUCAGGAAAUUUCAUCAUCUCAAGUGAAAACUAAAAUAAAAAAGAAUUCUUUGCGAAUCCUGUCUGCAGUCAUUCAGAGUGUGAGGCACUGGAGCCAGUAUGCCUAUAAAACUGCACUGCUGUUUGAAGUUUUAGGCACACUGGAUUCUGCAGUCACACCUGGAGCAUAUGGAGCAAAGAACUUUCUUCUGAGAGAUGGAAAGGAGACCCUGCCUUGUGUGUUUUAUGAAAUUGACCGUGAGCUUCCGCGACUCAUUAGAGGUCGAGUGCACAGGUGCAUGGGAACCUAUGAUGCAAAAAAGAACAUUUUCAAGUGCGUCUCUGUAAGACCAGCAACUGCUCAAGAACAGGACACUUUCCAAGACUUUGUUAAAGUUGCAGAUGUUGAGAUGACAGCAUAUGUGAAAACUAUGAAUGAAAUGUAAAAGUCAAAAUGGUUGUCCAAAUCCCAGUUUUAACUAAUUGUUACCCAUAAAGGCUGGACAUGCUACAACAUUUACCAAAAUUACCAGUGAAAAUCUGGUUAAACAUUUGAAAAUAUCACUGUGCUGUGUUAUCCAGCAAAUGCUGUGUUGUGUUCAUUGGGUUGCCAUUUAUGUGUUACCUGAUUGAUGUUUUUUUGAAAAAAUGAAUUAUCAGUAUAAUACCUGUAUAAAAUAACAGACCCCAAGGCUGUGGGAAGUUUCCCAAGGACACAGAGGAAGUAGAAAGGAAAGAAUUAUUAGAACACAGAACUUCCUUGCCUUUGCCAUGGAAAUGUCUUUCAUGACAGAUGGGCCAUGUACAUGUUUAUGUGCCUUGGCCUUCAGACAUUACCUUUCAUAGGUUGUUCCUGCUGUUCCUAUUUCCCUUUCCUCUACUUCAGAAGCUUUGUAGCAGAUCUCUUGGGAAUUGCAAAACAAAAGAGUUGUCAAGAAAACAGCAAACAAUAUGGGGAUUUUUUUUAUUAUUUUAUUAUACAGUGUUGGCAAUUGGAAAUUUCACAUUUAAAAUAAUUGAAAUAUUGUAUCCAACAAGUCAAAUACAGAAAACAGUUAAUAUUCUAAAAAGGAGCCAGCUAGUCAACGCAGAAACACAUUAAUGGAAAAUACAGCUUUUAGUUACACUUAAAAAAUUAUAUAUUUAGAAUAAAACUUGAACCUGGUCCAGCAAAUUGUAACAGGAAAACGCUUUUACACAGUUUAACGCGUGGACAGUCUUUAUUUCAAAAAGUGAUCUGUCAGUGUGAGCACAGGCAGUGCCAGCAGCAGGUGAGAUCUGAAGGAUGUGCUUUACCAACUGCUGCAGGGAUCACUGGAAUUAUCACCACACCUGCAGAGUGAGGUGGGCUCAGAGCAUGGGUGCUUCAAGGAGGGUUUUGCCACUUGCAGAGGUCAUGUACACGUGUUGGAUUUAUUUAAAUAUUAUAAAAAUGUUAUAAAAUGUUAAAGGAAGCUCCUAAUGGAAGCAUUAGCUUGACUCAUAAAAGGUGCAGAAUUUUGCAGGAUGCAGAGGUUGAUGAUUUGCACAAGAGAAGUUGAGCUUUAAGAAGUAAAGGAAUUGGUACAGGAGUGUUGUGAAUUGUGAGGCUCUGCUGUAACAGUAAUUUAAAACAGCUUCCAGUUAAGUGAUUGAUGCUUCCAGUUUUGCACAUGUGAAACUUAGGUUAAUAAGUAAUGACAGGAAUAGGUCCUUUGUCUACUAGGUAUGUUAUGGCUGUUAAUAAAAAUCUAAAUUAAUUUUUCUUUUCGGGAAGUGUUUAGAUCUUUGCAAAAGAAGUUUCUAUUUGACACUAACAAAUCACUUUUUCUAGUGAAACAUUAAGUGAACAGUCGUAAACAUUACACAAAACAGAAAAAACCCUACUCAAUACAGUUUAUACACACUACUCAACAUUUUUCAGUUGUUGGGUGAUUUUUUUUCUUGACCAUAUUGAUCCUGUCUUGUAUAAUGGUUCUAGUGUAAAGGCACAGGUUGGUUAGGAAAGAAAAGCCUGCAUCUCUGUCUUUCUACUAUGUGGUGAUUCUUUUCUUUUUUGCAUGUUGUUUGUUAUUCCUCACUUUUCUGACUCUCACAUGAAAAUUAUCAAUCUCAGCCAUUCUUUAAAAAAAGUGUAAGACAUCACUGAAAAGCACAUUAAUAUACAAAGUGACUGAAAUUUAUUCUUCUUACUUUAGGGCAUUACUUCAGCCUAUUUUGUUAAAUAUGUGGAAGAUUUAAUUUCUCAGUCCCUGUGAGCAGAGGUGCAGAGCACUCCUGCUCUCUUUCUCAGUGUACUCAAUUCUGCAUUGGAAUCUGCAUUUUCAAAGAACUUGCUGAGUUUCUGUGCAGAAAUUGCUUUUAGAGUGCAUGGAACUGUAAGAACAGGACAAUUAUUUUGGAAAACAAUGCAAUGUUCCAUUGAAGUUUAGAAGGGUGAGGAAUGUAAACAAGACUGCAGAAGUCUUUGAUGUAUAUUGAAAUAACACAGUGAUUGUUCUGUUUGCAUUUUCUUAUACAUCCUCAACAUGUCUCUGUCUGUCCCUUCAUGUACACCUUCCAUUAAAAAAAAUAAAAAUUCAGGAACCA